AUGAGAAGCGUCGUUGUCACCGGAGGGGCCUCGGGCAUUGGCCUAGGUAUAACCCGUCACUUUAUCACUCAGCCAGACACUCAUAUUACAAUCCUUGACGUCAACUUAACUUCCGGUGCCCAAGUCCUGCAACACCUUCAGACCGAGUUUCUGUCUGCGAGCGUGUCCUUUGAAGAAUGCGAUGUCUCCUCCUGGGAUAGUCAAGCUGCAGCCUUUGAGAAAAUAUAUGCCCAGCAAGGUCGCGUUGACAUUGUAUUCGCCAAUGCGGGAAUCUCAAAGGAGGGUAACUUGCUACCUGCAAAGGGAGAUGCGGGCCCUGUCAAACCGAAUCUUAAAACUAUGGAUGUGAAUCUGGUGGGAGUUAUAUACACUGUCAACCUGGCGACUCACUAUAUGUUUAAAAAUGCGACGACCGAUCCAUCAGCAUCCUCAAACGGGUUAAUCGUUUGCACCGCCUCGAAUGCCGGUCUCUACCCCUUCCCAGUCGCGCCAUUAUACGCAACCACAAAGUUCGGUGUAGUCGGACUCGUGCGCUCCUUAGCUCGUAGACUCGAGAAAGACAAGAUUCGCAUCAAUGCUCUAGCUCCAGCUGUCAUCGAAACGAAUAUCGCACCAAGCUCUGAUUUAUUCAAGCCCAUGAUUAUCACGCCAAUGUCAACGGCUACUAAGGCGGUGGCUCAAUUCGUGGGGGAUGAAUCGUUGAAUGGUAAAAUUGCUGAAGUACAUGGUGAACAUGUCACCUUUGCGGAGCCUCCGGCGUAUGUGGAUGAGGACACUGGCAAGAACAUAGAGACUUUCUGGAAUCUGGGAUACGCGUGA